AUGAUUUGGAUGGCCUUGGGUGCAUCUCACCAGGUGCCGAGAGUGCACAACCUUCCUGGUCCCAACCUCCCUCACCUGAGCCCCAACAAGCCCCUCCACCGAGGUGUCCCCUGUGAUUCCGAAGGAAAUCCACUUCCUCCUGGUACACCACCUCUUCCCAAGACAGCUGCACAGCCAACAAAUUGGUCACCGUUCGAGAGCGAAAUUCAGUUUCAGACCGCGGAUUUCUUGUACUGCUGCGUUGAGAUGUUGGCAGGAAACAUUGACGAACUUCUGGAGAUAUGGGCUUUAGAUAAGAUGAAAUCUGAUCAACUGGGUCCCUUCACCUCAUACGAGCAUAUGUACUCCAGCAUCGACGCAAUUCAGCUUGGUGAUGCACCAUGGAAAUGUUUUACUGUGAGCUAUACCGGGGAUGUACAGCCUAGUGAUCCCUCUUGGAAGUCGGCGGAGUACAAGGUCUGGUUUCGGGAUCCUGAGGUCAUCAUGACCCAGAUGCUCAACAACCCGGAGUUCAAUGGCCACUUCGAUUAUGCACCUUAUGUUGGUCUUGACAGAUCUGGGAAGCGGCGUUGGAGUGACUUCAUGUCAGGCAAUUAUGCUUGGCGUCAUAGAGCGUUGUACUGUCCCAUCAUUGCAGGCAGUGACAAGACAACUAUUUCUGUUGCAACUGGCCAUGUCGAGUACCACCCAUUUUACAUCUCUGGUGGCAACCUCUUCAACACAGUUCGCUGUGCACACCGUAACACUGUCGUGCCUGCUGGUUUCUUAGCGAUCCCCAAAAGUGACCGAAAGUAUGAUAACGACCCCACCUUUCGCAAGUUCAAGCAGGAGUUGUACCAUGACUCGAUCACAGCUAUCCUGAAGACAUUCCGUCCAAGGAUGAUCAAACCUGUGGUCUGCCGCUGCCCUGAUCGCCAUUUUCGGUGUGUGAUCUAUGACCUUGCCACCUACAUCGCUGAUUACCCCGAGCAGGUUUACCUUGCCGGAAUUGUUCAAAAUUGGUGUCCAAAAUGCACGCCUCUUCCAACAAACCUAGAUGGGUUGGCGGAUAGCCACUCACAACAAUUCACAGAAGGGCUUGUCAAUGAGCUCGAUUCGAAAAGAUUAUGGGAUGAGUAUGGUAUUGAUGACGACAUUACCAUGAGUUUUUCUCGUCUUCAACAAACAUCCAUUCUUAUCACUCUACAGCCAUUUACCUUCCACUUUCCAUGUGCCGACAUCCACGAAAUGCUGUCAGCGGAUCUACUCCAUCAAUUGAUCAAGGGUAUGUUCAAAGACCAUUUAGUCCAAUGGGUCGGCGAUUACCUUUACCUCGAACACGGCAAAGCUCAGGCUAAUGAGAUUUUGGAUGACAUUGACUGCCGUAUCGCAGCAGCACCAUUAUUUUCAGGACUUCGCCGCUUUCCUCAUGGUCGCCGGUUCAAGCAGUGGACGGGUGAUGACUCAAAGGCUCUCAUGAAGGUUUAUCUUCCAGCUAUCUCGGGAUAUGUACCCCCCAAAAUGGUGCAAUGUAUCAGCGCAUUUUUGGAUGCCUGCUACAUUGCCCGUCGAGCCGACAUCACUCAAGAAUCACUUGCAGCACUCCAGACGGCCAUUGAGAGGUUUCACACACACCGUGAAAUUUUUCGUACAUCCGGUGUUCGACCUACCGGCUUCAACCUUCCCUGCCCACUAGUAGCUACCACUUUUAUGAUAAAAUACAGGCAAGUGCCUGCACACCGACAUCCACACUGCCUAAUGAAUUUAUGA